AUGACGGCGUUUCGCACGAGCAAGUUUCGUCACGUAGAGAGCACGCGAGUCGCCCCCGCGUCCCGUACUCUGACCCACUUGCCCGUGUUUGUACCAAGUGCCAGUGCUGCAGGUCCCGCUCUUGCCGCCACAUCGGCCCACUUUGCAUUCGUCCGCCAAUCAGUAGCUGCCAAUGGCGGCUCUGUCCAAGUUGAAGCUCUGAGCGCGACAAGUGCUGCGGGAAACGGCAGUCACGCGUUUGUCGAAACGACAGCGACGCAGUCGCUCGUUGUGCGUGCACAUGCGACGGGAAGCGUAACGGCUCUGGCGUUCUCGUGGUUCCAUGAAGACCUUUUGCUGUCUGCUGGAGACACUGCGACGACCGUGAAGCUCUGGCAAGUGCCGCCGUUGUGUGCGGCAGAAAAGAAGACGGAGGAGCUUGUGACGCCUGUGGCGGUCUUUCCGCAUGAAACAGCGGGCACUGUAAUGGGUAUUGCAAUGCACCCGACGGCUGAAUCGGUUGUAGCUACGUACUCAAAGCGAGGGGUCCUGCGACUGUAUGACUUGCACGCCGAGACGAUGAGCUUGGAGAGAGAAGUGAGUCAAGGUGUUUCGUUGACGUCCGUCGACUGGACUUGGGACGGUCAUGCUGUGGUAGCGGCGACGCAGGAUCAAGCUGUGAGAAUCGUAGACCCGCGAGAGCACCUAUCGUCGACGGUCGAGGUGCCAAAGGCGCAUUCGGGCACACGACCUGUGAGUGUGCUUUGGUGUGGACGGACGCAGCAUUUUGUCACGUGUGGGAGCAGUGCGAUGAUGCACGAGCGAGAGUUCAAGCUGUGGGACUCUCGACACAUGGCCAAGUGUGUGCAUCGAGAAAGAGUGGAUGCAGGAGGCAGCGGUCAAUUGUUUCCGUUCUACGAUCCUGACGUCGAUCUUUUGUUUGUGCUCGGCAAGGGAAGCUGUAGUGCUAAGCUGUUCGAGGUGGACGUGGCGCGCGCCCCCUAUGUGCAUGCACGAGAUUGCAGCACAUCGAGCAACUCGACAGUCGCAGCGACGCUUUUGCCAAAGUCAGUAUGUGCAACGAAUGUGUGUGAAGUUGCGCGCGUGCUGAAUCUCAGUGCGAGCGGAAAGAGCGGUGGUGCGAGCUGCGAAGUUAUAAGCUACCGAGUUCCUCGCAAAGAGGCGACGCGUACGUUUCAAAGUGACCUGUACCCGGACACAUUGUCAAAAGAAGCUGCGAUAACGUCUGAGGAGUGGCUGAGAGGACGGAACGCUGAGCCCAAGUUGCAGGCUGUGACACCGAGUGUAAAGAGUGUCGAGGACGUGGGAGGCAGUGUGUUUGGACUACCAACAGCAAGUGUGCCAAGUUGGGGGGCGUCAUCAAGUAGUGCCGGGACCACAAGUGGUGGCUGGCAAAGUUCGGGUUGGGGUCAGGCGUUAUCUUCAUCGGCCUCGUCGAGUACACCAUCAAAGCUUGCGUCUGAUGCCAAGACAGGCUGGACGUCAAAGACGAGAAAGUGGAACGAGCCAGAGCGCGAGACUCAGACUGGCGCUCUUCCACCAACACAAUGGAGCGCUCGUGCUGCUUCCAGUGCUACUACUACGUCAACAGAUUCUGCGGCUGCGCGAGGCAUAUCCGAUACUGCACCCACCACUUCGCAUUUUGCCGUGUCGGACGCAUCUGAAGGACUAAUGACGAAGUCCGAAGGAUCCUCAUCCACGGCUUUUGCAGCUACGCAGCCCGAUGCGUUGCCGAUAGACGAAGGUCCGACGACAAUUGAAGAUCCAGUCGAGCUAUCCGACAAGGCGCGACGUCUGGGUGCCAAAUAUGGGCACAAGCUGAAGUACGUGCAAGGCAAGGAAGCACCACGCAACGACGUGUUUCACUUUGGUGACAAGCGCGCUGCGUUUUCCACGCAAGCGUCACCUGCGAUUGCUGCAAACGCGACGUACUGGGCAGCGCCCAUUGCUGGUGCAGGAGGGCCUGUACUGAUAGAAAAGCUUGGUUCGACCGGGAAGGCACAACAUGACGCUGUGUCCGUGCUCAACGGACAGAAGGGUAUGGUGGCGGCACUGGCAUUUGAUCCUUUCAACGACAACGUGCUUGCGACCGGGUCAGUUGACUCGACGAUUCAGGUUUGGACUCUUCCGCAAACUCGAACGGACGCACUUGACGCGCCGAGCGACCCCUCGCUGACGCUAUCAGGGCACACAAAGGGCGUGCGAGCACUUGAGUUCAACCCGACAGCGGCAGACGUCUUGUGCUCAACAAGCCACGAUCUCUCGUUGCGAUUUUGGGAUGUGGAGACAGGACAGGAGAAAUUGUGUCUGGAACGCAAGCUGGACGACAUUGCGUGGAACAUGGCAUUCAGCAGCGAUGGUGCUCUGCUCGCCACAGCAAGCCGUGCUAAGAUUGUGCGUGUAUUUGACCCUCGCCUGUCUGGCCGUGCGCUAGUUACCAUCGGUUGUGGCCACGAGAGCAACAAGCCGCAGUUUGUGACGUGGGUAGACCUUACGCGUCUGCUGACGGUUGGCGUGAACGAACGUAGCGAGACGCAGGUCAGUUUCUGGGAUCCACGCAAUCUAGUGGAGCCCCUGGGCAUGCCGACGUUAGUUGGGCCGGCGGCUAGUGCGGCUAGCAUCACGACCCCUCUUCCGCUGUACGAUGCUAGUUCGCGCUUGCUGUUUCUCGUGGGCACAGGAGGUCGUCACAUCUGGAGUUACGAAGUCGACCCUGUUGCUGCAACAGUGCAACCUAACAUGCCGUUCGUGAUGACCGGUACAGAUACCAUUGGCGGUGUCGCACUUCUUCCGAAACGGAUGUGCAACGUCCGCGACGUCGAGCUAGCGCGAUUGCUUGUAGCAACACCCAACAUCGUGGAACAAGUGUCGUUCUUUCUUCCUCGAGCCCAGAAGCUGAAGGACUUUUUCCAAGACGAUGUCUUUGGUUUGGUUCCUACGCAGAAGCCAUCACUGACUGCCGCACAAUGGUUCGCGGGCGAGGCCGGAGCUCCUUUGUACGAGUCCUUACAGCCUGCUGGCAUGGCGCUGCUUUCGGAAAAGCAAAAGAACGUUGUGCCGUCGCGUCCGAAGACUUUGGAUUUCCAGGCCCGCAGGCGAGAGGAGGAGGAGAAAAAGCGUCAAAUGACCGACCAGUUUGCUCGGCUCAGCACUCUUGCCACGCAGCCGUCGUUGCAUUUUGGUCAUCAUACAAGGGUCGAUCCGCCUGCACCUCACACUGUAGAGGACGACAGCGACGACGACUGGGACUGA